GUACACUUGUCAUUUUCUUGUCAAAUCCAAAAGCCUAGUCGUCGGGAAAGACCAGUAAAGUUUCGCAUAACAAUUUUGUAUAAUAAACUGUGAAGAUGGCAGAAUCUGUAACAGAAAUUCCUAUAAAUAUAGAAGAAAGUGUCAGGGAAGCAGUACAAAAUGUUACCGAAAAGCCUCCAUCAAGUAUUGAAGGAGUUGCUAUUGCCUACUUAAGUCUAGUAAUAAUGGCUAUAUUGCCAAUAUUUUUUGGAUCUUUUCGGUCUGUAAAAUAUUUAACGGAUAAAAAGAAUUCAGGCGAGAAGGCUGAAACUAUGUCAAAAAAGGAUGCGUUAAUCUUUCCACUGAUAGCAUCAUGUGCUUUGUUUGCUCUGUAUAUAUUCUUCCAGUUUUUUUCAAAGGAAUACAUUAAUCUACUCCUCACUGGCUAUUUCUUCUUCCUCGGUGUUCUUGCACUGAGCCAUUUAUUGAGCCCUAUUAUAUCACUUAUUGUGCCAGCAUCAGUCCCAAACACACCUUACCACAUCCUCUUCACCCGUGGUGAACAGGAGGGACACUCGGACAUUGUUAACUACAAAUUCACUUCAUAUGAUGUGAUCUGUCUUGUCAUUUCUUUGAUUCUUGGAGCCUGGUAUCUAUUUAAGAAGCACUGGAUCGCCAACAACUUAUUUGGCAUUGCAUUUGCCGUGAAUGCUGUUGAAAUGUUGCAUCUGAACAAUGUGGUGACGGGAUGCAUCUUACUGUGCGGACUCUUCCUUUAUGACAUAUUCUGGGUGUUUGGCACCAAUGUCAUGGUUACUGUCGCUAAGUCAUUUGAGUCUCCUAUCAAAUUGGUAUUCCCCCAAGAUUUAUUAGUCAAUGGAUUUAAUGCUAGCAACUUUGCUAUGUUGGGUCUCGGUGAUAUUGUUGUUCCUGGCAUCUUCAUAGCUCUGCUGCUAAGAUUUGACAAAAGUUUGAAGCGUGGCUCAGAGUUGUACUUCAGAGCUACCUUCUCCGCUUACAUCCUGGGAUUGUUGGCUACCAUACUGGUGAUGCAUGUGUUCAAGCACGCCCAGCCUGCCUUAUUGUACUUAGUACCCGCCUGCCUCGGCACGCCAUUGACUCUUGCGUUAUUGAGAGGAGAUAUCAACGCUUUGUUCAAUUAUGAAGAUCAACCAGCGGUGGUGGAAGCGCCGAGUGACAGUAAAGCGAAGAAAUCGGAAUAAUCGGCAAGAAAACAAAUAACGCACAAAUUCAUGGGACUCGGUACAUUAAUGUAGCGUAAUGUUUUGUACAUUUACAUUGGAGACCAUCGCUAGACAGACUUCCCGGAGUUGGUUCAAUGUGAACCGAUAUGUAGUGAUUUUUUUAUACAUUAUUAUUGGUAUUUAUAAAUGUUGUUGAAGAUUCAACAUAACAGACUUCCAUUAUCUUCCAAACAAAAUUUCUAUUUGGGUAGCCAGUAACACGAAACGUAUGUUGUAAAUCGUUUAUGUUUCGGGUGUGAAGACAUCAUUCCACUCAAUACAUAGUAUUCGUACUUUGGACCCUCAUCGACUACCUUCUUGUCGCCAUUAUGCAGAUCAGAUCAGAUCAGAGCAGAUCUAUAAAUACAAAACUCACAGCUAUAUUACUAAUCGAAAUAAUUACUCCUGUUAUAAAUAUAUUUGUAUUCUGCAAAAUGUCAUUAAUAUUUUUCUAAACACUAGAGAUGUUCAAUUCUAUAAAUUAUAAUAAAAAUGUAGAUUUUUGUGGUUGGAAUAAUAACUUGGAAAUCGAUAUUUCAUUUGAUAGUACUAUCUUCUAGAGUACAUCACUAUCUGGCGAUUGUACCGAUAGCAAUAGCUUUUAUUUAUUUUUUCUGCAUUUCAUCAAAACAAAUCGUUAAUCCUUACGUCUUUUUCGGGUGUUGGUGGCAACGGCAUUUAUUUCUGCACUGGGGAGACGGCGUUUUUUAAAAUAACUAGUAGGUAAAAAGUCUGUCAUGUUAGCUAUCCUACUUUUGUGGGUUCAUAAAAAAUAUAUAAUAGUCUCAUCGUUCGUGUAUAUUUUAAUUUUCUUCCGCAGUACAAUUUUGUAUAUUUUGUGAUGUGUUAAAUAAAAUCGAUGUAUAUAACAUUUUGUUCUCGAGGGAUCGUGUGAGGAUUAGGUAAGAUUAUUUUUUGUUGAAAAUAAUUAUAUAUAUAUAUUUUUUUUAUUUUAUAUUCUUUUCGUUACAUUACAUUUGUUGGUUCAUAGUUUUUUUUAUAAUUCUUAAAGUCCCUUCCAUUGGAUGUCAUCCCGUAGUAUUCGCUAGAGGACCGACGUCAUUACUGAGGCUUCACAAAUAAAGUUAUUUAGAAUACACCAAUAUGUGGAAUAUUUCUUUGAAUGUAUAGAUUUUAGUUCCGACAUACACCGGAUAGGAAAUUAUGUAUGUCGGUAAGUAACCGAAUUUAUAUUUCACUGAGGACGCUGACGUUCUGUCGGAUAAAAUAAAUUAAUUUAAAUA